AUGCCUCAGUUUUCAGAUCAGCACUCGCCGAACAAGCCGACGCGACCGUUGACAUAUAUAAUCAUUCCCAUCCUCGCCCUCUUUGCCGUGUUCUCGGUAGUGGUAUUCUUCUUCUGCAUUCGCCGUCGCAGGGCUCGGGAACGGGAAACCACCAUCGAGUUGGGCCGAGGCCGGUGGGUGAGACGUGAUGGAGUCUUGGUCUGGAUGAGGCGAGAUGGAACAAUGCGGAACUCCAGACGCAAUCCAUCGGGAGGCGCUGAUUCUCCCGAAGGACUUAACGAACUGGGAGAAGCACCGCCACCGUAUUUGGUUAGGAAGCUGUCGGCAGAAGGAGAGGUUGUCGCAAGUGAAGGAUCGACGGAGCUGAGAGAUUUGGAGGAGGGGAGAAGGCCGCCGGUGUACAUCUCUGAGCCGCCGCCGGCUGUCACGACAGAUUCGAGGAGGACAGAAGCAUAG